UAAAAAUAUUGUUUGGUGUUGAGAAGACAAUUCCUCUUCAGACGGCCACAAAGUAAACGCCUUCUUCUUCCUCUUCUCAUCAAACUUCACACUUCACGUUUCAGCUUUCAUUCUGUUGACUGUCAAACUAUAUAUAAAGAGAGAGUUUGUGUGUAGUCUAUCUGCUUUCGUUGUGUUUUAAUUGAUCUCUGGAAAAAGACUUAGUUUCACUGAUAUAGCAAUUGCCGUGCCGUCGAUGCAAAGAAGGAAGACACCGCACUGACAAAGAUGGAUAAGAAGCGUUCAGGCGCAUCUGGGGGUCUCCUCUACAAGAUCAAGAGAGCUGCUUGUCUUGAUUCAUCAUCGUCAGACACUGGAAAAGGGCAAAGUAAGUCAUCGAGCAAUAAAGUGGCUCAUGGAUUCCAUUUAGUGGAAGGGCAGUCUGGUCAUGACAUGGAGGACUACCAUGUUGCUGAAUACAGGAAUCAGAAGGGGCAUGUGCUUGGAUUGUUUGCCAUAUUUGAUGGUCAUCUUGGUGAUCGUGUCCCCAGUUAUUUGAAAGAUAAUCUUUUCAACAAUAUACUUGAGGAGUCAAAUUUCUGGAAAGAGCCAGAGGCAGCAAUAAAGAGUGCAUACCGCUCUACUGAUAAAUUUAUUCUGGAGAACGCAAUGCAGUUAGGGCCUGGUGGCUCAACAGCUGUUACCGCAAUUGUUAUUGACGGCAAAGAUCUAUGGGUGGCCAAUGUUGGUGAUUCAAGAGCUGUUGUAUGUGAGAGGGGGUCUGCCAAUCAACUUACUGUGGACCAUGAACCACACAGUGAAAGGAGGAGGAUUGAAAAACAGGGUGGCUUUGUGACUUCACUUCCUGGAGAUGUGCCGAGGGUUAAUGGUCAACUUGCAGUAGCACGGGCUUUUGGAGAUCAAAGCCUUAAAGCACAUUUAAGUUCAGAGCCUGAUGUACGACAUGUACCUAUUGACUCAAAUAUAGAGUUUGUUAUAUUGGCAAGUGAUGGCUUAUGGAAGGUUAUGAAAAACGAAGAGGCAGUUGAUAUGGUGAAAUCCAUUAAAGAUCCUCAAGCGGCGGCCAAACGUUUGACAACGGAGGCAUUGGCAAGAAAGAGUAAAGAUGACAUAUCUUGCAUUGUGAUCCGUUUUGGAUGAUGCUUCAGCCUUCAGGAUAAAACCGUGAUCGCUCCCAACGACCAUAGUCUCUGGUGUGGUUGGUUCCAUUGGAAGGUUGAUGAUAUAGGAACACAAAGUGAUUGAAAGAGCUUUAUGUGUGUGCUAGCAUUUCUUUGUAGUAAUAAUCAUACUGGAGCAAGUUGAGAUAGGAGUGUAAUUAAUCUGUUUUAGCUGGUGAAGAGAAUUUCCCAUUAAUGCAUUUGGUACCCAUUUGCAGUUGCAUGCUCUUGCAAAGGUCUUUUUUGUGGGUGAGGUGCUAUUAAUGGGGUAUUUCUUACUUCAACUGGACACAAAAAGGGGAGGGGGAAAAAAAGUAGUAGUAAAUCUGCGGUGUGUAAAUUGAUGGAUAUAAAUAAGAAAAAAUAGAACAUUCAGUUAAGUAUUAUAUCUUUGAGUUA